AUGACGUCGGUCUCGGACGACGCGACGAAAACCACGACGCCCCCGACGCGUCCUCCUUCCCCACCCGACACUUCAGCACGCGCGCGCGGCACGAUGCACUCGCUCGCGUCGACCGCUCUCCACGCGCGCGUUGUCCCGCCCGCCACCGCGUCGCUCCGACGACGGGCCGCGCGCGUCGCCGUCCGAGGCGCGCGCGCGGACAGAAAAAACAGAACGAUGGGGAACGCCGUCGUCGCGAUGGCGUCGUGGUGGGAGAACGCGCCGUUCCUUCCGAAAGAAGCGAAGCAGGCGGCGAAAGAGAACGAGUACUUCAACGGCAUCCCGUUCCCGAUCCCGCUGCCGUUCGUGAGCAAGCCAAAGGCGAAGACGCCCGGGCGCGCUGACCCCGCGGCGCCGGACAAGCGAUACGUGCUGUUCGACUUCUCCGAGGGAUCGGACGACGCGAAACCGGAGCGGUUCGACCGCGUCUGGGGCGCCCUGAACGACGUCGUCAUGGGCGGCAAGUCCGAGGCCGCGGCGUCGAUCGUGACCAUCCCGAGCGCGGAGGGCGGCAAGUGCGCGAAGCUCAGCGGCGUCGUCGAGGGCGACGGCGGCGGAUUCGUCAGCGCGCGGACGCGAAACUUCGUCUCGCCGGUGGACGUGUCGAGCUACGACGGCGUGCAGCUGCGGGUCCGCGGCGACGGGCGGCGGUACAAGCUCAUCCUCCGCGACACCGAGGACUUCUUCGCGCUGUCGUACAGCGCCGGGUUCGACACGAUCGAGGGGGAGUGGAUCGACGUCGAGCUCCCGUUUGAAGAUUUCGCGCCGGCGAUGCGAGGGAAUGAGGUGGCGCGCGGCGACAGCGACUACCGCGACUUGCGCGCGGACCGCGUGCGCUCGCUUCAGGUGAUGCUGUCGAAGUACGGCAAGGGGAUGGGGGAGCUGAACCCGACGUUCGCGUCCGGGCCGUUCGCGAUCGAGAUCAGGGAGAUCGCCGCGUUUAAGAAGGACGUCGCGUUGGCCGCGACGGCGACGGCGGCGGCGUGAGGCGAGAGGCGGCGGACGAGACUCGGCGGCGGACGAGACUCGGCGGACGGAGACCGCGGCGGCGCCCGCGCGGGGACGCCGCGGGUGAGAACGACGAACGAUACGACGCGCGCGCGUCGUGGCGACGCCGCGGAACGAACGAGAGAAGGAAGAAUGAAUGAGACGACGUGUAAGAACAGAUACGCAUGUACGCU